GGGGGGGGGGGGGUGUCACGGUCUCUAUGGUUUCUCGUCAGGCCGGCUUUCUUUUUCCGCGAGUCCUCCAGAUUACGGGGCGCUAGCGUGGGGAACGAUUAGAAAGCAGCUAGAGAGGCCGGCUUUGGGGUUGCCAAGGAGAGCCCGGCGGCUGGGCUUCCGUUUCCGCUAACUGAGGCACGAGGAUCCGGCGUUCUAACCCAGCGGGAAAAUGCGGCCGCUUACUGAAGAGGAGACCCGAGUAAUGUUUGAGAAGAUAGCAAAAUACAUCGGGGAGAAUCUUCAGCUGCUGGUCGACAGGCCCGACGGCACCUACUGUUUCAGGCUGCACAACGACCGGGUGUACUACGUGAGCGAGAAGAUUUUGAAGUUGGCCGCCAAUAUCUCCGGUGACAAGCUGGUGUCGUUGGGGACGUGCUUCGGAAAAUUCACCAAGACCCAUAAGUUUCGGUUACACAUCACGGCUCUGGAUUACCUAGCACCCUAUGCCAAGUAUAAAGUGUGGAUAAAACCUGGAGCAGAGCAGUCCUUUCUGUAUGGGAACCAUGUGCUGAAAUCUGGACUUGGGCGAAUCACUGAAAACACUUCUCAGUACCAGGGAGUCGUGGUGUACUCCAUGGCAGAUGUCCCUCUGGGGAAGCAAGCUACUAUGCUCUAAGUAGCCCUAAGGAGAGACAAGGACCUGAAGUCUUCAAGCCAACAGCCAGCAAGAAAGUGAGUCCUGCUAACAACCAAUGGAGUGAGCACAGAAGUGGACUCAUCAGCCCCGGCUGAGUCAAAACUCAGCUAACUGCAACCGUAGCGGGCAGCUUCACUAUAAUCUCAUCAGAGACUUCCAGAUAGAAACACAGUUAAAUCACUACCAGAUUCCUACCCUGAACUAGCACCAUUUCUUCCCAUUCAAAAGAUUCUUAAGCUAUUUUCCAAGUAGGCAUGGAUUUCUCCUUUGCUAAUGUCUUUUCUGGCAUUUUAUCUCUGACACAAACCUGACUCACCGAUACUAAAAAUCUAUUCUUGUAAUCAUUCCUCCUUGGAAUGGGAAUUUUAUCAGCAUUCUUUGCAAUACCAAAAGUAGAUCCUGCCCCAAGGUCCUUAACUGAAUAAAUAAAACAUCCCACACAGUUUUUUAACUUUUUUUUUAAACAGGGUGUCUGAGUACCCAGCACACAGCCAAGGGUCCGAAAGUCUUUGCUAAGCAAGGUUUUAUCUCCUACCUCUCUGCUCUUGAGAUCUCAUCCUUUUAGGAGGUGCUCUUAUCUUUUCUUACCAAUUUCCUUACUUUCACCACCAAGACAAUGCUGAGCUAUUGUUGUUCAGUCUCCAUCUCUGCAUCUGCUUCCAUACCCCCAGCCUUAGUUAUUGGAGAAGAAAAAGCUUUUUCUGACUGGUUCCAUGGCCACUUCAAUGUUUUAAAUAUAAAUAAGUUCCACUACUUAAAGCUAACUGAACCAUAACAUAGUUCCAGUCCCAAAUUCCUAGACACUCUACAAGCUUUUUUCUUGUCAAGAAUGCUGCCUGCACCAACCUCCUACCAUUACUGUUUUUCUAAUUUGCUGAUUAUCUCAGCAUCUCUGAUUUUGUCUGCUCAAAGGGAAUGUUUCCUAAGCCUCUCAGUAAUUGCAUGAAAGAACGCAAUGCAGUCCCACAUUUUCCAAGGCACCAGCUCUUCUCCUUAGUCUAUAAUAAACAAGGGUGACCAUAUCCUAGGCCAGUUACUUUGAGCACUUUCAACAUGCUGCUCUGAAUGGUACAACCUCCAAAAUGUCAUUCUUCAAUGCCAACUCACUUCCUGUGUACUGUGGCCCCUCCUGUCAUGGCCACAAGGAAGACCAUCAAAAAUCACAAAAGCUGAGCAUGUGCCUCAACAGUCCUUUCCAAGACUGGGCUACGAGGAAGGGUCACCUGAUGAAGUAACACCUGUGUGUGUGAGUUAAUGUGUUUUGAGUGUGCUUACUUGCUCUCUCUCCAUCCCUGUCUGUCCUCCACCCCACACAGGAAAGAUAAGCACUGAUUCCUCAAAGAACUCUUAUCUUUGUUAAAAGAAAAAAGAAAUUAAAAAUAGAGCCUUACAGCCUCCUUGACCAGUUUUCUACUGGAUUCGAUCACAGCCUCUGUCAGUGUAAAUUCCGUUUUAAUCAUCUCCAGCACAUUGAUAGCUGAUUCCAGUGGUGUGAGCUCAGCUUCCAUAUCGAAGGAACAGUCUAGGACAAAAAGCACAGUUUUCACUUUAACUGUUUUCUAAAGAGCAGAAGAAUUAUGUCUAUAUAUAUAAAAGAAAACAUGCAAAUAUAGUUAAGACUUGCAUUUAAUUUGUUGAUAUCCUGGCUACAGGCUUACAAACAUGUUAAGGGUCCAGAUUCAAAUCUCUGAAUUUCAAGUGACCUUCAGUAAUUUUCAGGACAGGUAAAAAAUUUUUGUUUUUUUUUUAACACAUGCAUAUGCAUCUUAAAUAUCAGAAUCAGAUACAAAGAGAAACUAUAGAUCAUUUUGCUAAACAGCUGUCAAGAUCAAUUUAGGAAAAGAAAAAAAAAGUGCUCAUACUUUAAAAACACUCUACUAUGGAGGACAAAUGUCCAUCUUCACAUAAUUCAAUUUAGAUAGCAACAAAGUUGGGGCGAGCAAGAAACAGGUGGGAGGAAAUAAACACAAAAAAGCAGCCAAGAGAAUACUAAGUGGAGAAAAGUAGAGCCAGAGAAUAAACUCGUCCUAGAAGGAAAAAGACCACUGUGACUGAAACAUAAGAGCCCACCUUAGACCCCGAAUCCUUCAGGAUAUAAGUUUGAAAACAAUGUAACCC